GCCGGUUUUUUUUGGCGUCCGGAAAAGCCAGUUUAAGCACUGAUGCCCCUGAUUGUACGAUUCACCUACCCCGCAACUUACGAUGCAUAGAAUCGAACCCUCGCAGGACCCUCUGUACGCUUCCGGGGGCAAGGGUUGCAUGCGAUAUCUCUUCUGCCACGGCGGUCAUUCUCGGCUACCCCUGCCCGAGGAGGCUUCAGUGGAGGCCCGAGUCUUGGUCUUCAACGAACAUGGCAAGAUUAUAUUGGACCACAGCGGAGAUGAACCCACUUCUCGAUUCUGCUUCACCGACCGCGCCCUGACUUCCGUUGACGACCGGCAAGAUGUUUUCGUGCCAGCUAGACCUUUCGUAGAGACCCUCUUGAAGAAUGUCUCCAUUCCCACCUUGUUAUUCGCGGAGAUCCCACGCCACCAAGUCCUGCCGGAUGACACGGAGCAAAUUAGUCAAGUCCUUUAUGUAGUACUCAUCACCCUGGGCCGAACCAACCUCCCCCAGGCCACCUUCCAGGACUAUGAAUACCUUAAAGUCAUGCUCCACGCCUUUGUCCCGCACUUCACGGUCGCCAUCUCGCGCAUCAGCGACGCCUACCUCCCGGGCGAUGCGCGCAAUGUCUGCCAGGAAGUCGCGAGCCUGAUGAUGACCUCUGCGUCUGCCGCUGAGGAGACCACGCAAGCCCUGCGCAGCUUUCUGGCUUUGUACGCCAAGCGCUAUCUGCAUGAGACGCUUGCUGAGGAAGAGAUUCUAAGGAGAUGUUUGUUGCAUAUGUUGAAGAUGCCGUUUGAGAUGGAGUCGUCGGUGAGGUAUGGGCUUAUUGUCAAUUAAAUUUGUUUGUGCGUUGAGGGUUCUGGAUGUGGCCGCGGCCGAGGGGCCGAGGGAAACGGGGGUUGGAGGGGCGGUUCGAGAUGAGUUGGGUACUUUCUACAGAGGCUGCGCGCGGUUACGACUGAGGGACACGAGAUGCUACACAAUUAA